AUGGUGGACACCAAGACGGCUACGGCAACAAACCUCUCGGACAUGGAAAUGGCGGGUAUGGACAUGGAAAUGGCGGAUAUGGACUUGGAAAGCAUGGUGGCCACCAGUACGUGCCAUACAGAUACUAAGCAGGCCCUGGUACUCGUGGUUGCGUUCACCCUGACUGCCGCAGCAGUCUGUGCUCCCAUGGGUUCCCCAUACGGUGGAAGCUACGGCAGCAGUUAUGACGGUGGAUACGGCAGUGGACAGUACGGUGGCUACAGUGGCUAUGGUGGUGGCUACGGUGGCGGCUACGGCGGCGGCUACGGUAGCGGCUACGGCGGCGGCUACGGUGGGGGUCACGAUAGCGGCUCCGGACAUCAAUGCGAGCAGAGUUCACAUCUUAGCAUGGGGCACAGCCCGUAUGAAACACCUGGCUAUGGAAGCUAUGGCGGCUCCUCGCAAGGAAGUCACUAUGCGCCUUCAUACGGCGGUGGCUACAGCUCCUACUAA